AUGCUCAACACACUCCUCUCUGCUACCACUGCCAUCCUGGCAUGCUCGUCCUUCGUGACUGCAGCUCCCCAAGGCAAGGGGAACUCUACACCUGAGGUUAGCCUGACUACCAAGCUACGACUGGCAGACAGCUCCAUUGAUCGCUACAAGCUUCUCCCUGAGGACAAGGACUUCCUCUACAGUUUCAACGGCACAGACAAAGCCUUUGCCACAAGCCAGUCGUUCCCUGCUCUCACAGGCACUGGUAUCAGUCUAGCUACCGCCCAGCUCCCAGGCUGCUCCAUGGUCAUGAUCCACGCCCAUCCUCGCGCCGCAGAGUUCUUCACCGUCAUCUCCGGCCGUGUCUACACCGAGGCCAUUCCCGAGGCCGGCGUCCUCGAUAGCGAAGGCAAGCCCCGAGUCAUCAGGAACGAGAUUGGCGCCGGCGAAGCAACUAUCUUCUACCAGGGAACCCUGCACUAUCAGGUCAACCCCGACUGCGAGCCUGCCAACGCCCUCGCUGCCUUCUCGCAUGAGGAUGCUGGCGCUCUUGUCAUUGCGCCCGCGCUGUUCUCUGCCAACAAGGAUGCUCUUGGCCGUACCUUUGGAGAGGCUAUAGACGGCGAGGAGAUUGAUAAGAUUAGGGGGUCUAUUCCUGCUGGGGUUUCGAUCAAGAUUGAUGAGUGUCUUGCUAAGUGUGGCAAGCAGAAGCGUCAGGCUUAG